UCUCCAUUACUGCUACAGUCAAACUCAACGUACACAAUUCCGCAACUAUCACUUCUAGAAAAGCAAAACAAUAGAAUCACUUAAUCAAAAAAAGCACUUUUGUGUCCCGCUCCGAAUGUCAUCCAAGUCUCCUCUCCUCUUUCUACUGAGGAUGAGGAGGCACCACCACCGUCCCCACACUCUCACUCUCUUCUCUUCCACUUCUUCAUUUCACACUGAUUCCUCGUAUUACUUAACUCAAUUCCUACCUCUUUUCAAUCGAACCACCAAUUUCAAUCCACUUACAUUCAUCACCCCAAGAGAACGCCGAAUCAUAGCCCUCGGAUUAUCCACCAUCAUCAAAAACCGUCAAGGUUUCGUCUUAAAAGCUUUCUCCAUUCGUUUCUGCUCCUAUUUUCUAGUCAAAAUCAUGAAGCUUUUACACACUCGCGAAGCAUCUUUCGCUUUCUUCAAACUAGCAUUCGGAAAUUCCGAUUCCGAUGAAAUUCUUCAUUCAUGUUGCAUUUCCGCGCAUGUUUUAUCAGCUCAGAGUCGCAGCCUGCUUGCACAGGAUAUGGUUUCCUGGGUUUUUGGGAGGAUUGAGGCUGAGAGAAGUAAGGAGCUUGUUGGGUUUAUGUGGAAGAAUCACGCUCAAUAUGAAUCUGAUUUUUCUGUGUUGAAUACCCUAAUGAGGGGCUUUUUGAAUGUAGGGUCGGUGAUUAUGCUAGUGUGUGGAGGUUGUUUAAAGAUAUGAUUCGAAAAGGGCCUUUUCCUUCUGGUAUUACGUUUAAUACGAUGAUUUGUGGGUUUUGUGGACAGGGAAGGGUUGUUAUAGGGGAGAGUUUG